AUGCAAGUUAAAGAAGGCGCUCUAUGGUUUGAAGCAAGCACCACGCACCUGGUAUGGAAAGAUGCAAAGUUUCUGUUACAGAGUGGUUAUUCUGUAGCACCACCUGAUUCGAGCUUAUUUGUGAAAGCUAAAAAUGGAAAGUUGGCAAUAAUUCUUGUAUAUAUGGAUGAUCUUAUCAUCACAGGAGAUUUUAAAGAGGAGAUUCAACAAACAAGAGCUAAUGUUUCAGUACGUUGUCAAAUGAAGGAGCUUGGAGAACUAACACAUUUUCUUGGUCUUCAAGUGGAGCGGACUAAGGAUGGGAUAUUUCUAUGCCAACAUAAUUAUGUACGAGAUCUUCUAGAAAAAUAUGGAAUGGUCGAUUGCAAGCCUAUUUUAACUCCAGAGGAGGUUAAUGCAAGGUUAUGUUCAGUCGAAGGCAAAGAUCUAGAAGAUGUAACCAUGUACAGACAAUUGGUGGGACGUCUUAUCUAUCUCACGUUAACCAGACCACAUAUUGCAUAUAUACAGUGA